UUAACACGCACAAGACGAUGAUAUAAGAAAAGGAGAUAUGCUUUUGGAGGGAGAACUGUUAGGAGGGAUACGUAUUCAUAAAUACAACUUCGACAGCAAGAACGGCAAGUAUUUAACCUUCCGUUCUUUAGAAAGGUAAUUCGCCUGCGUCGUAAUGAGAAGUUAAAUCAUUCGAAGGAAAGUGAAAAGUUUGGUUCGGUGCAAAGUUUUCAGUGCAGAUUAAAUACGAGUUUGAAGAAAUGGCGAUUCUAACGGCUUACUGGGGCCUCGACGGUAUUGUACUUUUCUUUUCCCUUUGGAUACUCGCUUAUCUCUAUAUGACGAGAAAAUUUAAGUAUUGGCAGAAACGCGGGAUAAUGGAAAUUCCACCGUUACCGUUUAUUGGCAAUUUUUGGGAUUGCUUCACCAUGAAAAUAUCUUCCGCGGAGUUCGUCCAGGACCUCUACAAACGAUCCCAAGGAUUACCCUAUAUGGGCUUCUACAUAUUCGACAAACCCUUCAUCCUGAUACGCGAUCCUGAGUUGGUAAAAAACGUUCUCGUCAAAGAUUUCAAUUAUUUCUCUGACAGAUAUGCCUCCCCGGAUGUGAACGAUCGUUUGGGCUAUGCCAAUUUAUUUAUGAUGAAAAAUCCCGGCUGGAAAAUUCUAAGGGCAAAGCUCACUCCGAUCUUUACGUCCGGUAAAUUGAAGAAAAUGUUCGAGUUGAUGAUCGAGAUUGGCAACGAUCUCGAUAAAUAUCUCGAUUCCUUAAGAUUGGAAGGUAAAGGAAAAAAUUUGGAAAUGAAAGAGAUUUGCGCGAAAUUUACCACCGAUCUAAUCGGUACAACCGCCUUUGGCCUUCGAACUAAUUCCCUAAGCAAUCCGAAUGCCGAGUUUCGUAAAUAUGGCCAAAAGAUAUUCGAAUAUAAUUUUAGUCGCGGCUUCGAAUUCUUGUCGAUAUUCUUUAUACCGGGCAUCGUCAAAUCAAUAGGCGCCAAAUUUUUUGGAAAAGAAGUCAGUAAUUUUCUCCGUGACACCUUUUGGGACGUUAUCAACGAGCGAAUAGCUUCUGGUAAUAAGAGAAACGACCUGAUAGAUCUGCUGAUCGAACUUAAAAAGACUUACGGCGAUGAGGAUCUCGGUGGAUUUAAAUUCGAUGGUGACGAUUUGGUCGCUCAAACGGCCAUCUUCUUCUCGGGUGGCUUCGAGACCUCCUCGACGGUUAUGGCCUUUACCAUUUACGAAUUAGCCCUUCAACCUGAUCUCCAGACGAAACUCCGGCAAGAAAUCCUGGAGGCUAUAGAUAAAAAUAAUGGAAAAUUCACUUACGACAUGGUCACCACUUUACCGUAUUUGGACAUGGUCGUCUCGGAAACGCUUCGAAUGUAUCCACCGUUAGGUUUUUUGGAUCGCAUCGCCAAUCAAGAUUACAAAGUCCCUAAUUCCGAUCUGAUCAUCGAAAAGGGUACUCCUAUUAUGAUAUCGAUGAUCGGAAUGCAUUACGAUCCCCAAUAUUUCCCUAACCCGGAAAAAUUCGAUCCUGAAAGAUUCAACGAAGUUAACAAGAGGAACAGACAGGGUUACGUUUAUUUUCCCUUCGGCGAAGGACCCCAUGUUUGUAUAGGAACACGCAUCGGACUUUUGCAGGCCAAAUUAGGCUUGAUACAUUUACUUAAGGAAUACGAAUACUCUCCGUGCGAAAGUACUAUUAUACCGAUGCGUUACGAUCCGAAAGGCUUAACGACUACGCCUUUAGGCGGUAUACAAUUGAACGUUCGCAAGUACGUCCAAAAUGUUGCCUAAACGUUUUUCAACUUUACUGAUUUUUAGAUUUAUGAUAUUUAUAUUAUUUCGCUGAUACAUUUAAAAUUCUUAUGUCUUUAAAGAGACAAAAUAAAGGAACAAAUUAUUAAUUUA